ACGGUGGAGUGGGAGGGGCUUGAUGGGUAGCGGGAGGCUGGUGUGAAGACAGCGGUCGAGCCGAGCCGAGCUGCGGGAACUGCGGCUGCCUUUAGGACCAACUAGCGACUGAAACUCACUGCCAAGAUGUCCGACGACGAGCAAGAGCAGACCAUCGCCGAGGAUCUGGUAGUCACCAAGUACAAGAUGGGGGGUGACAUCGCCAACCAGGCUCUUCGUCUGGUUGUGGAAGCAGCCAAGCCAGGUGUGUCUGUACUCAGCCUCUGUGAGAAAGGGGAUGCCUACAUCAUGGCAGAAACCGGAAAGGUCUUCAAGAAGGAGAAGGAAAUGAAGAAAGGCAUUGCCUUUCCCACCAGCGUCUCAGUCAAUAACUGUGUUUGCCACUUCUCUCCCCUGAAGAGUGACCCCGACUACACACUUAAAGAUGGGGAUCUGGUCAAAAUAGAUCUAGGGGUUCAUGUUGAUGGCUUCAUUGCAAAUGUCGCUCACAGCUUUGUGGUGGGAGCCUCUAAGGAGAAUCCCAUCACAGGCCGGAAAGCUGAUGUAGUCAAAGCCGCCCAUCUGUGUGCAGAAGCAGCGCUUCGCCUUGUUAAACCUGGUAACCAGAACACUCAGGUGACGGAGGCCUGGAACAAGAUCGCCCAGUCGUUCAAAUGCACACCUAUUGAGGGUAUGCUGUCUCAUCAGCUAAAGCAACAUAUCAUUGAUGGAGAGAAGACCAUCAUACAGAACCCGACAGACCAGCAAAGGAAGGACCACGAGAAGGCCGAGUUUGAGGUACAUGAAGUUUAUGCUGUGGAUGUCUUGAUUAGCACCGGAGAAGGAAAGGCCAGAGAUGGAGGUCUGAGGACCACCAUUUAUAAGAGGGACCCCAGUAAACAGUAUGGCUUGAAGAUGAAGACUUCUCGUACUUUCUUCAGCGAGGUUGAGCGACGCUUUGAUGCCAUGCCCUUCACUCUUAGGGCGUUUGAGGAUGAAGCCAAAGCCCGUCUGGGUGUGGUGGAGUGUGCCAAACAUGAAUUGCUACAGCCCUUCAGUGUGCUACAGGAGAAAGAGGGAGAGUGUGUAGCUCAGUUUAAGUUCACAGUGCUGCUGAUGGCCAACGGGCCUCACAGAAUCACCAACGGACCCUUCGAUCCAGAUCUCUACAAGUCAGAGCAUGAAGUCCAGGACCCAGAGCUAAGGACUUUACUACAGAGCUCUGCAAGCCGUAAAACACAGAAGAAAAAGAAAAAGAAGGCCUCAAAGACGGCAGAAAAUGCAACUGGACAGCCAGCUGAAGAAACAGAAGCAGCCGAAUAAACAACUGCCUUUCCACACACGCAAGACCCCAAAGAGAAGCAAGAGAAAACACGACAAGCCCCCCCCCCACCCCCCAAACGCUCGGCCUGUCAUACAACAGAGCUGAUUUCACAAAUUAAACUGGCAAAUUCAUAAAAACACUGGAAUCAAUUGAAUAUAUAAAGAUAUUUCACUAAUUGUUGAAACUGACACAGAUGCUUAACCCUUUACUGCAUUAAUUGGCAGCAACAUGGAUCAAAUGUUGCUCUGUUUCUUCCUGAACUUGAGCAGGAAAUAAAGAAUAAUUGCAAAUAGUUUUACAUUUUUGAAAAGAUUUGUUGCCAAAUGGUGAGUGUGUGACUUCUGUCUGAGGGGGGAAAAAAAAACAAAACAUUUUUCCACUCAUGCUUGUAUUAUUUGCAGCUGAAAAUGUCCUUUUUAAGAGAAUCUGAAGUUCACUUUAGGCAUUAAUGGAAGUGAACCAGCUUGUAUUGUUGACAUCUAAAUAUCAGUAAAAGUUCAUUGAAUAGAUGCUAACAGAAACUAUGAUCUCAUUGGAAAGGCAUCAUUUCUGAGGCCGCUGUUUCUACUUAACUGUCACAUGUUCCCUUUGGCAACAAAGUUAUAACAAGUUAUCUAAAACUGUUUAUAUGUGAACAAAGUUAUGGUUAAAGGAAUAUCCAGAUGUUUAUUGUUCUAGGAUCAUUUGUGACUUCUCAAACGUGUGAAUCUUUAGGAAUGAUGGUUUUAGUCGUCCAUUAUUAAACAACUGAGACCGUUUAAAACAUUUCAACAGAAAUAUUUUCGUAACCUCAUCAUGCAGUAAAGGGUUAAAUUUUUAAUUUGUCAUUCAUGAAAUAAGAGCUGGAAAUUGUUACAGUAAUUCCUCAAAUGUAGAAAAAAAAUUGACAGCAAAUGAGUCAUUUAGAGGUUUGUAAUAUAAUAGAUGGCUUUUGUUUCCAAGUUAAGCUAGUGAGGAAAGUGGAGGUUACUUUUCCAUCCUGAACACUUUUUGACUGAAACUUCAACAUUUUUUUAAGCCUUUCUUGGGUAGAGGAUGGUGUAGUGACAGACAGGAUACAAGGAGAGGGAGAGAUGGGUACGACAUGCAGCUAAGGUCGCUGGCUAGAAUCGAACCAGGGACGUUGCGGUUAUGUGUCAUGCGCAGUAACCAUUCGGCUACCAGGGCGCUCUGAAACUUCAACAUUUUAACCACACUAGAUUUUUUUAAAGCAAUAACCUGAGCAGAAGAUUGGAACAUUUACAAGCAAAAACACAGUUGUAGUCCGCUUGACUUUAGGGAACAAACUGCUACAUUUACUGCCAUUCCCCUUGAAUUUUAUGAAAACAUAGAGGUCUAUACGUUCCAAUUUUGAACAACUUUUUUGUAUUAGUGACACCUGUUAACUUGCUUUACUGCAUCAUUAGUUUUGUGAAAUGAAAACUGAAGCUGAGCAGGUUUUCUGGGUCUCUUCAGUGGAGUUGGACCAGUAAGAGAUCAUCUCAGGUCUGAGUUUCAUUUAAAUGAGAAAAGUAAAAUCAUGCUUUGUAGCUCAGUCGGUGGGCAAAGGAUCUUUACAUCUAAUGAAAUAAAAACAUUUUUGUA